AUGGCCGCCAACUCCAUGCGGUCGCAGCAGGCCUCGCUGUUGCGCCUCCGCCGUGUCGUCCAUCAACGCCCACCGUAUCCAUGCACACGACACUAUGUUACCGACACCUCCCACAAUGAACGCCCUUCGCCUGCCUCGUCCGCUGCCAGUCGUCGCUCUUCCUUGUCGGUUCCGGCUGCAUCGCGCUUCAAUGAGAUCGGUGUCCAGCAAAUUAGCAGCCAUAUCUAUCCUCAAAUAUUCUCCGGCAAACCUCCACCGGCCCCCGAAGACCUCGUGACCUUGUCCAAGGACCACUUGCGACGACAUGACCUGUUGGGGAAGAAUACCGACUCGUCAGAGCCCGUCGCCUUCGACAUGCCCGAGAUACAAGGACAGACGUUGGAUGAACACUUCUACAAGUUGGCUAUGGAUUCUGCCGAGCCGUACCUAGGUCUUGCNCAAAAGUACUCGACCGCGAAUGCGCCUCCUCGACCGCGCAAAUGGGUCAGGCGGAGCGGAUGGACAAAGUACUCUCAGGAUGGCUCUUCUGAGCCUGUAGAAGUUCCGGACGAGGAAAUGUUGACCUUUGAUGUCGAAGUCUUAUGGCACCACUCAUCCUAUGCUGUCAUGGCAUGCGCUGUCAGUGACAAAUCCUGGUAUGCCUGGUUAUCGCCCUGGCUGUUGGGCGAAUCCGAGAGCGAUCGCCAUCUUAUCCCACUUGGAGAUCCUCGUAAGCCGCGCAUAAUCGUAGGCCACAAUAUCGGCUAUGAUAGAGCGAGAAUCGCCGAGGAGUACGAACUCGAUCAGUCGCGCAACAACUUCAUCGAUACCAUGUCGCUACACGUCGCUGUCAAUGGAAUGUGCUCGAGGCAAAGGCCCACCUGGAACAUGCACCGCAAGAACCGCGAGACCAGAGAUAAGAUUGCGAACUCGGAAGCCACGGCCGAUUUGGCCGCACUUCUCCAGGCCAAGGGAGAUGUAGAUGAAGAGGAGGAACUUUGGGUUGGUCGUAGUUCUGUCAAUUCCCUGCGCGAUGUUGCCCACUUCCAUUGCGGUAUUACCAUUGACAAGGCCAAGCGUGAAUGGUUCUCAGUGCUCGAUCGACAAGGCGUUCGCGAUAAACUUGACGAGCUGCUUGAUUACUGUGCUGCUGAUGUUGACAUUACCCAUCGAGUCUAUAAGAAGGUCUUUCCAGCCUUCAUGGAAACUUGCCCUCAUCCUGUUAGUUUUGCUGCGCUUCGUCAUCUUUCGACUGAGAUCUUGCCUGUCAACCGAACGUGGGAUUCGUACAUUGCAAACGCAGAAGCUACAUAUCGUAAGCUAUCGGAUGCUGUAGAGCAGCGAUUACAUGAUUUGGCCGUCAAAGCACUCGAAUUGAAAGACAGUGUUGAGAAAUACGAAAAUGAUCCGUGGUUGAGCCAGCUGGACUGGUCAGGCCAGAAGAUUCGUAUGACGAAGGGCAAGAAGGGUGAGGAGCCAAGGCCUGCCGCACGCCAAAAGAUGCCUGGCAUGCCCAAAUGGUACAAGGAUUUGUUUGCGAAGAACGAUGCACCUAUUGGUCUCACAGUGCGAACGAGGAUAUCACCAUUGCUACUACGUCUUGCCUGGGAUGGCUAUCCACUCGUCUGGUCCGACAAAUAUGCAUGGACCUACAAGGUACCAAAGAGGGAAGCAGGCAAGUACACCAACCGGAAACUUGAGCCUUGCGACAUGUCUGAAGAGGAGGACUUGAAGUUACGAGACGACAACGGGCAUGUCUAUUUCCGCAUGCCGCACAAGGACGGGCCUCAAGCUAGAUGUGCAAAUCCUCUUGCAAAAGGAUACCUACAAUUCUUCGAAAACGGUACUCUUUCAUCAGAGUUUGCGUAUGCUAANAAAGCACUGCAGAUGAACGCCUCCUGCUCGUACUGGAUCAGUGCUAGAGACCGGAUCAUGUCGCAGAUGGUCGUAUACCGUGGUGAAGAAAACAAGGAUGAUCAGCUUGGAUUCAUUUUGCCGCAAAUCAUCCCCAUGGGUACCAUCACACGGCGAGCCGUCGAGAACACAUGGCUCACUGCCAGCAAUGCGAAGAAGAAUCGUGUAGGCUCCGAACUAAAGGCCAUGGUCAAGGCACCACCAGGCUACUGUUUCGUCGGCGCAGAUGUGGACUCGCAAGAACUUUGGAUUGCUGGACUGGUAGGUGAUGCGUCUUUCCAGAUCCACGGUGGCAACGCGAUCGGCUUCAUGAACCUCGAAGGCAGUAAGGCGCAAGGCACAGACAUGCACUCACGUACCGCUUCGAUUCUUGGUAUCUCUCGUAACGAUGCUAAAGUCUUCAAUUAUGGCCGUAUUUACGGUGCCGGUGUGCGAUUUGCCUCUACUCUCCUCCAUCAGUUUAACCCGACUCUCAGCAACCAAGAUGCGAUAGACACAGCCUCGAAACUAUAUGACAGUACCAAGGGCCAAAAGACCACUCGCAAAGUUCUCCGCGAGCGACCUUUCUGGCGUGGAGGUACCGAGUCCUUUGUUUUCAACAAACUCGAAGACUUCGCCGAGCAAGAACGUCCAAGGACGCCUGUGCUGGGUGCUGGAAUCACCGAAGCAUUGAUGCGCCGUUUCGUCAGCAAAGGUGGCUUCAUGACUUCGAGAAUCAACUGGGCUAUCCAGUCUUCAGGAGUCGAUUACCUGCAUUUGCUCAUUGUGUCCAUGGAAUAUCUGUGCCGCCGCUACAAUAUCAAUGCGCGACUAUCCAUCACCGUGCACGACGAAAUCAGGUACUUGGUCAAGGAAGAAGACAAGUACCGCGCCGUCAUGGCCCUCCAAGUCAGCAACGUCUGGACCCGCGCAAUGUUCUCCCAACAGAUGGGCAUCCACGACCUACCACAAUCCUGCGCCUACUUUUCCGCCGUAGAUGUGGAUACAGUAUUGCGCAAGGAAGUAGACAUGGAUUGCAUCACCCCAUCCCACACUACCCCUAUCCCCGUCGGCGAAAGCUUGGAUAUCCUACAACUACUCGCCAAAGGCGAGCAAGCCUACCUCGACCCCUCCAUCAUCCCCGAGGACCCACCCCAACCCCAGCGCUUCUCCUACGCCGAUCGCGAACCCGUAAUGACCACCCUUCANAAAGCCGAAGCGCCCGCCUACCUGCGCGCCCAAACCGUCACCACCGACACCGAACUCCGCCAAAUCAUCAAAGAAUUCCGCGGUCCCGCUGCUGCUGCCGCUAGCUCACCUUUCUACGACCUAGCUCCUGAUUUCCCCGACGCCUUUCCCCAUUUCACAGAAUCGAAAUCCCACGCAAAGAAAGCGACCAAAUCCAAACCCAGGAACGAUCCUAACAUGCAGAAUCCUUCUUUGCUUGAAGACGAUGUGCCGUUUUCGCGCUACAGUCUUUCGCCUGGCGGGCCUACUACUUUUGCGGAUUGGAGGGAUGUAGGACGUAUGCCUACUGAACCAAGAGGUGUGUCUGAGAUGAAGGACAAGAAGCGGGAAAUGGCGGCGAGAAAGGCAGGAAUCAACAGAGAAGAGGCGGAGGCGAAUUCGGACUGGUAUCCAGGAUUGGUGAGGAAGAUCCCUAGUGCGGUGGGUAAGGUUGUGUAA